AAAACGUGGUCGUCUACGGUCAGGUCCGCACUUCCGCUGGCUCGCGUAUCUUUGGAAAUUUAAAGUCCGUCAUCACAUGUCUAGAAGCAGACAGCAAUGGGUGACGUCAAGAAUUUCCUGUACAGCUUUUGCGGCAGAAAGAAAGUGACGCCAAACUAUGAGAUCAAGAACUCCGGCCCCAAGCACCGUCAGCGGUUUCUUUGUGAGGUUCGAGUGCCCGGCUACAACUAUGUCGGGGCUGGGAACUCGACCGGGAAGAAGGAGGCCCAGGCUAAUGCUGCCAAGGACUUCCUGAUGUACCUCGUACGGGUGGGAGAAGUCAGGGAAUCAGACCUGCCGGUGCAAUCAAUGCCCAAACCAGAAGAGUCUGACGGUCAGCCGCCGUCGGAGUUGCCGUCGGGAGUGGCCCUUGCCCCUCAUCUUGCUGUUGGAGACUCGGCAGCCCCACCACAAGCUUCUUCUAGUUUUGAGCAGCAAGGUCAGCGGGAAGGCGGGAUGCCAUCCUACCAGCGCAACUUCUUUGACACUAGAGGGGAGAAGAGAAAACUAGAAGAGUCUGAAAAUGUAGAUCUGAAUGCUGGUAUCCAUGGCAACUGGACAUUAUCCAAUGCCAAGUCACGUCUCCAUCAGUACCUUCAAGUGAACCGUCUGCCCGGCGAAUACAAGUACUCGUCAGUCGGUCAAGACCACAAUAGGAGCUACGUGGCAGAGCUGUCCCUGUUUAUCAAGUCAUCAAGACGCACUAUCCAUGCCAGGGAGCAGGGAUCCAAUAAGAAGACAGCAUCAUUGUCAUGUGCUCUGUCUCUGGUCAGGCAGCUGUACCACGUGGGAGAGAUCGAAGCCUUCACGGGGGUGACCAAGAAGAGAAAGAUAGAGAGUUUGGAGCCUUACAAUGUGACCCUAGUCGGGGAGGUGGAGGCCAAGCUUACUGAUGCACUCGAGCAGCUCAAUCUUCCCUUUGUCCCAGAACCCACCAUUCAGAAUGAACCAGUCAAGCUUACCUCGGAAAAGGACGACCAGACAUUUGAGAAUCCAGAGGGCCCGAGGGGGGCAUAUGGGGUGUCCUGGUCACCCCCGCAACCCAACUGGAACCCCUGGCUCAACUGUAACAUCGACGAGGGGCCAUUAGCUCAGAUGACUCUGGAAGACGUCAGCAACGAGAUCUAUCAGGACUCACAGCACAAACUCCAAGAUUCUAGAUUCCAAAAGAUGUUGGGAGAACGCCACUCACUGCCCAUCUUCGAGUCCCAGCAGAAUAUCAUAGACACCAUCACACGCAGUCCCGUGGUCAUCAUCCGUGGGGCUACCGGCUGUGGUAAGACCACCCAGGUACCGCAAUUCAUCCUAGACGCCUUUAUCCAGCAUGGCAAAGGAGCAUUCUGCAACAUCAUCGUCACGCAGCCCCGUAGGAUCAGUGCCGUGUCCAUCGCCGAGCGCGUUGCCGUUGAGAGAGGGGAGGAUCUAGGCAUUAGCUCCGGCUACUCGGUGCGCUUUGAUACAGUCAGGCCACGCCCACAAGGCGCCAUGCUCUUCUGCACCGUCGGAACUCUUCUGCGUAAGUUGGAGGCUGGUCUGAGGGGCAUUUCUCACGUGAUUGUGGAUGAGAUUCACGAGCGAGAUCUCAAUACUGAUUUCCUGCUCGUAGUCCUGCGUGACAUGCAGAGAUCCUUCCCAGACAUGCGCAUCAUCCUCAUGUCAGCAACCAUCGACACUACGAUGUUCAGCCAGUACUUUGGCGAUUGCCCCGUGGUGGAAGUCUACGGCCGAUCCCAUCCAGUGCAAGAGUACUACCUGGAGGAUAUUGUUCAGAUGCUGAACUUUGUUCCCUCGGCGAACACCAGAAAGAGUAAGAACAAGAGCAGGGAUGAUGAUGACGAAGAAGAGGCUGAUGAUGAAUUCAGUGAGAACAUGAACAAGCAGGUUUCUAAUCAGUACUCGGAGCGCACCCGCAACGCCAUGGCACAGAUGAGUGAGAAGGAGAUGAGCUUUGAACUCAUCGAGGCAUUAUUGACCUACAUCAACAACCUCAACGUGCACGGUGCCGUUCUGGUAUUCCUGCCUGGUUGGAACUGGAUCUUUGCCCUCAUGAGGCACCUACAAGAACACCCCAAAUUUGGCAACCGUGGCUACCUGAUCCUGCCGUUGCAUUCACAGAUUCCCCGGGAAGACCAGCACCGAGUCUUUGAAUCAGUUCCAGAGGGAGUAACAAAGAUCAUUCUGUCAACCAACAUUGCUGAGACUAGCAUCACCAUCAACGACGUGGUGUAUGUGAUUGACAUCUGCAAAGCCAAGACCAAACUCUUCACGUCCCACAACAACAUGACCAACUAUGCCACCAUUUGGGCCUCCAAGACCAACCUGGAGCAACGACGUGGGCGGGCUGGCCGUGUGCGGCCGGGGUUUGCCUUCCACCUCUGCAGCAGGGCACGCUUUGAAAAACUUGAGGAUUAUACGACACCAGAGAUCUUUCGUACCCCUCUGCACGAGCUGGCCUUGACCAUCAAACUGCUGCGUCUGGGUAAAAUCGCAGACUUUCUGGGCAAGGCUAUCGAGCCGCCACCACUGGACUCGGUCGUGGAAGCUGUAGCUGCCUUGAAAGAUAUGCAUGCGUUGGACCAGCAGGAGGAGCUAACACCCCUAGGGAAGAUCCUGGCCAAGAUGCCCAUAGAACCCAAGCUGGGCAAGAUGAUCAUCCUGGGAUGCUCACUCUUUGUGGGAGAUGCCAUGUGUAUCAUAGCAGCCAGCACCGUGUUCUCGGAGCCCUUCGUCACCCACAUGGGCAAAGUCACCAACUUGCACAAGUCUUACUGCGGCAUCCGUCACAGCGACCAUAUCGCUGUACUGGGCUGCUUCCAGGAAUGGGAACAGGCAUUGUCCAAUGGUGGUGAGGACGGUGCUAUGAAUUACUGUGACCGCAAGCAGCUACAGAUGACAUCCCUGCGCAUGAUCUAUGAAGCUAGGAAUCAACUGAAGGAUAUCCUGGUUAUGGAAGGUUUUCCAGAACAGUGCAUGGAGCUGGAGUUCUUCAACUUUGGCGGGCAGGACGUCAAGCUGGAGGUGAUAGUCAGCCUCCUGGCUAUGGGCCUGUCUCCCAACACCUGCUACCACAAGGAGAAGCGCAAGUUGCUGACCACGGAGAACAAGUCGGCGCUGAUCCACAAGUCCUCGGUCAACUUCAGCAAGUUUGAGCAGACGUUCCCUUCGCCGUUUUUCGUCUUCACUGAAAAGAUCCGGACCCGUGCGGUAUCAGCCAAGGGAAUGACCAUGGUGUCUCCACUACAGCUUCUGCUAUUUGGUGCACGGUCCAUUGAAUCAUGCAACGGCUUAAUCAUGCUGGACGACUGGAUUCAGCUCCGAAUGCCCCAUGCCUCAGCGGCCAAGAUCACAGCCCUGCGGCCGGCUGUCGAAGCCCUGAUCUUCAACAUGACGGCUAAUCCAGACAGCAUCAUGUCCCCUUCACCCCCGGACGAAACUCUGCUCAACGUCAUUCGGGAGUUGUCCUCCCCAAGGGCUGGCUUCUUCGGAAACUCCCAAGAGGAUUCCGGAGACCAGGGACAAGGCAGAGGUCCAGCAGGUCCAUCACGGUUCCGGUUCUCCAACCCCCCUGGCUACGCUGGCGGCCGAGGAGGCGACAGGGGAUUCAGAGGCGACAGGGGGUUCAGAGGCGGUGGCUUCAGAGGGGCUAGAGGGGGUGGGGGAUACGGGGGAGGAGGGAACUCUCGGGGUGGUGGGGGAAACUUUGGCGGUGGUAGAGGGGGAAACUUUGGGAGUGGUGAGGGCAACUUUGGCGGUGGUGGUGGUGGCAACUUUGGCGGAGGUGGAGGUCGUGGAUUCCGGGGAGGCAACAGUGGGUUCCGUGGGUUCGGAGGCUUCCAGGGUGGAAGGGGAAGAGGUGGGGGUGGGUUCCGAGGCAGCAGAGGUGGGUGGUAAAGACAAUCCAAACUACUGGAAGAGAUCAAAUGGAGUACCGAAUUGAAUACGUCACGCGCACAAAAUGUGUGUGAAAGACAUUUAGCGCGUGAUUCAGCCCGUGAACCAACAUGCG